AUGGCGCCCGGCGCUGAGGGGAGUUCCGGUGCCACCAUGGCGGCGACGCGGCUGGAGCUGAACUUGAUGCGGCUCCUGAGCCGGUGCGAGGCGCUGGCGGCGGAGCGGCGGGACCCCGAGGAGUGGCGGCUGGAGAAGUAUGUGGCUGCUCUGGAGGACAUGCUCCGGGAGCUGAAGAAGCAGUCCAGCAAGCCAGCCCCUGAACUGUUGAAUGAAUACUCUCGCAAAGUGGACUUCCUAAAGGGACUCCUAGAAGCUGAAAAAUUGUCUUCAUCCACAGAAAAGGCUCUGGCCAACCAGUUCCUGGCCCCGGGGCGCACCCCGACGACAGCCAAGGAGAGAACCCCGGCCACCAAAACCGUGCACCUGCAGACCAAGGCACGCUGCACGGGCCAGAUGAGGAGCGAGCUGCUCGGCACAGACCCCCUGGCUGCUGAUGAUUCUGAGGAGUUGAACAUAAGGAGGCGAAAAGGCCUCACAUCAGACGAGAAGCAGUCAGCAGUGGAGCUGGACGCUGUGCUGCAGCACCACCAGGACAUGCAGGAGAAGCUGGCUGAGGAAAUGCUCAGCUUGGCUCGCAGCCUCAAAAACAACACCCUGGCUGCCCAGAACGUGAUCAAACAGGACAACCAGACACUGUCACACUCCCUCAGGAUGGCAGACCAGAACUUUGAGAAGCUCAAGGAUGAAUCCGACCGCCUGGAACAGCACGCCAAGAAAUCUGUCAACUGGCUGCUGUGGAUAAUGCUAAUUGUAGUUUGUUUUAUAUUCAUCAGCAUGAUUCUCUUCAUCAGGAUUUUCCCCAAACUGAAAUGAAAAUUUUAUUUUACUUAAAGCUGGCUGUAGUGCAGUGGGAAAGCUCAGCUGGUGUGAGAACUGUCGCAGUCUUAGAGGCUGUGCAAGGCCUGCCUUGCAUCUCCCAGUGGAGGAAGGCUUUCCUGAGGAAGGCUUUCCACACUUCCAUUCUUGUUUACUUGGUGACUCUUGUUGCCUCUUGCAACAGCAGUCAACCUGUGAGGUAAGGAUGAGAAUUUACACUGAGCUGCUAACAAGUUCUUUAGUGGAUAAAUACAUUUUUAAUGUGUUUGUGACAAAUGUUAUGACUCCUAAAAGGCAUUUAGUCAAUACAAAGUUAAAUAACUGUUGAAGUCUUACAUUCUUUCCUGUGUUCACAGCUUUUCUGUGCUGACCUAGGAGCUUGCUGCCAACAGGAUAUUUAAUUUCAGUUCUGUACAUACACAGCUGCAGUGUAGAAAGAGAAUUCUGCUGUUCAGGUGCUUGCUUGGCUCAGAUUCAGAGUACCAACAGGUAAAACUCUUCUCAGGCUCACAGUUUGCCCAGAUGGGUAUUUGGGACUUGGGACUUCACCAUCUUCUCCAGUUUAGAUUGCUACAGGACUGGAGCUGCUUUCUGUGCAGUGUUUGCCUCCCUUUUGUGUGUGCAAAUGUUCUCACUUCUCAUUGUGGUGUUGGUGUUGUUCCAUGAAGGAAACACCGUGACCCUGCCACCUUCCAACUGUACACACAGUGCUGCAGGUGGCACAGACCUCACCUGUGCAAACAUGCUUGUGCUGCAAGAUGAGGGCAAAGGAAGGUGGUGUCUUCAAGAUGGAAAUAAUAAUUUAAAAAUACUCAGCCUUUUUUUUUCAGCAUAUUAUCCCUGUUGUCUUAAGAGUUCACUAAAAUAAAACAGAGAAAAAAGAAACUCAUAUUUUUAAAACACUGCUGCUGCUAGAAAAACUUGGAGAGUGUAGCAAAGCAGGGUUUGUGUGACAGCCUGAGAGUCUCUGUAGGUGCUGGUGGUAAUCAGCUGACAAACCCUUGUG